AUGGCCGCUAUGUCUCGACACGACUUCUAUGCCACAGGACUCUGCUGGCAGCAACCUCCGUACGAAUUCACCGGAUCAUCCGUUAAUUCAUAUAUUAAAUAUUUAACGAAAACAACCGAUGGUCAAACUGUUGAUCUAGAAAUGGCAAUUUGGUAUAUGGUUCAGUUAGCCGCACUGGGUGGUAUAGCAUUCAUCGAUCCAUUGGUACUUGUCCCGUUUCUGUCUGUUCUAAGAUUGAUUUACUUUCCUGCUUUCGUUGCCGACGUCUACAGUUUCUACAAUGAUUUCCCAGAUGGGAUAUUUGACAAUGCGGAAUUUGUAUUCUUAUUCAACUCGGUCACUUCACUAGGCGUCCAAGAAUAUCGUAAAAACGUCGGAGAGGUGUUCCCGAAGUCCAGAUAUCCAUUUUAUUUUAAAUAUGUUGAAUGUGGACAUACAGUAGUUCUUCUGAUCGUCAUUGCUGUUCUUUUGGUUUCACAAAUUUAUGAGCUGGUAAUGUUAUUUACUGUCGAGUCUACGAUUAUAUCCGAACUGGUGCACAACAAAAAGACUUGGGAGUUGUCACAAGAGCUUAUCGCAGUAGUUAUAGCUGUCGCCCCCAUAAUUCUUCCAUUGGCCUUCUAUCUUCCGAGCUUUUUGAGCAAAAAGGUAAUUAUGAUACUAUUCUCAACAAUUUUUCUUCUCGGGCUUCGUUCAACAUGCCACAGCCUCAUCGACGAGAACAUCGCGGCCGAUAUGAAUAACAUGCGACUCGCAAAUUGGGUCAUUUCUGCCUGA